AUGCUCGUGCUCAAGUCGGCUGUGCUCGGUGGCGUCAAGGUGUGGCGUGGGAUCGUCGUGGUGGCGUGGGAGCGGAGGUGUGACUCGGUGGCGGAUACACCGGUCGGCGCGGGGCCCGAGUUGCCGAUGUGGCUGGGACUCGUUCCUGUUUGGUCAGGCGUCCCUUGCUCCCUCCCAAUCCGGCCUUUCUCGAUCGUACUCUGCUUCCGCGAAAACUCUCUCCCGAUGCCAUCGUCCCUCGUCGAUCUCCUCGUCUCCGCCCUGUCCGACCUUAUCGACGUGUCUCCCGAGCAUCCCGCCGAGUUGGAGGACUUCAUGAUCUGGGGUCAAAACUUUGCCCGUACCCUGGCCAGCCUGGAGGCGAUCCCCUCGUUUGUGCCUUCCUCGCAGCUCGCGCUCUGGCUCGAUAGCGCCGAGGACACCCUCGAGACCUACGCGACCGAUGACUGGUUAGCGUGGGGGGCACGCAUCCUGCGGACGCGUGCGACGCGUCGUGACGAGCGCAUCCAGGCUGAGGUCGCCGCCGCCGCUACUGCUCAGGCCGAGGUUGCUCGUGUCGCCGAGGUGGAAGCUCGCCGGUUGGCCGAUGAAGAGUGCGUUGCGCGCGGAGUCGCUGAAGAGGCGCGUCGGAGGGCUCGUGAUCGGGAGAUCAUGGGCUUGUAUGUGCGUGGUUCCAUCUCGCGAGAGGAGAGUGAGCGUCGUCUGGCCGAGCCGCUGGAGACGGAGUCGGGACCUAGCGUGGUGAGUGCCAAGGAUCGGGUAGUGGGGCGUGAUGGCGAUGUCGAGAUGGCGGCGCCCGUUUUACGGACGGGCGACGCCAUCGACUCCUUGCGGGCGUCGACCGCUGCGCUGUCCGUGCGAGGGGAGGGUCCUGUGCCUUCCGGGACUGGGCUCUUCCUUCCCGAUGGCGAGGAGGAGGUCGUGGAAGUGGAUCGGAAAGGGAAGCGGCGCGAGGUCGUGGAUGAAGAGCGGAAGGGCAAGCGUCGCGCCCCUCCUGCGCGGAUGUCUGUGAAGUCCCCGGCGCAGCAGAAGGCCGAAGCUGAUAGAGAAGCAGAGGAGCAUGCUGCGAAACGUCAGCGAAAGACGGAUGGGCGUCCUAUCGUCCCUGGUCAGUUGCCUCCCGGCGCGCAGCAGGCCGAACCUCCCUGCACCUAUUGUUCCCACUUCGUCACCCCCUUCGUCUGUUUCCGCGUCCCGGGCGAUGCGACGCACUGCCUCAAGUGUCGUCGCAAUCGCAAGUCGUGCGACGGGCCCCGUCGAUGGACGAAGCUCCUUUCGACCCCUUCGGACACCGUCCCUCUUCCUCUCCCUUCCUCUCCUCCUCCGCCCAUCGCUUCUUCCUCUUCCGCCCGCUUCCUUCCCGACGACCUUCGUCGGCCUGCUCGUCGCUUGGCGCGCGCGGCGCGCGGUGAACUCCGGACUCGUCGGACGGUGGACCGCGACAUCGAAAUCCUUCGUUGGCGGAUGGCUCGGACCGAGAGCGAGGUCCGCUAUUUGUUGUCCGAGCACGAGGCGCGCGGAACUGAGCUCGCCGAGCUGGAGCGCGUUCGCGCGUCGUUGCCGGAGGGGUCGGAGGACGAGGACGAGGAUGGCGAGGGUAGCGUGGAGUUGGUGCUCGACUAG